CUGAUUCCAAAUCUCAUAUGAUUUUGGAUUGUAGUAUUUUUUUGAUACAUGGAUCCUAAAAGACCACCAGCAUCUAAAGUCGUUCAUGUUAGAGGAUUGGCUCCUAAAACAUCUGAAAACGAUAUAAAAAAUUUAGUUCAAAAAUAUGGGAAUGUUUCUUAUGUGCUGAUGCUGCCACAGAACAAUCAAGCAUUAAUUGAAUUCGAAAAUAUAGAAGGUGCGCGAAACUUAGUUAUUACCACUGGACCACCAUCUAAACCUUUAUAUUUACAUGGAAUGCCUUGCUAUUUCAAUUUUUCAACCAGUCAAUAUAUUCAACGAACUAAAAAAGAGACUAAACUAGUCAACCCAAAUAUUUUGUUGUUUACAAUUAUUAAUGCCAAAUAUCCCAUAACAAUUGAUACUAUAAGAAAAAUUUGUGAACCUUAUGGAAAAAUUUUAAAGAUUGUCAUCUUCCAUAAAUUAGAGCUUCAUGCACUUGUUCAACUUGCUGAUGAAGCCACAGCAUUUCAUGUGAAAAAUAAUUUAGAAGGAUGUGAUAUAUAUGCUGAUUGUUGUACAAUCAAAAUUGAAUUUGCAAGAACUGAUGAUUUGAAUGUUUCCAAAAACGAUAGCAUGACCUGGGCUUUGGAUAAAGAAUCACAACAAAAUGUUACUAAUAUCACACCAAAUGCAUCUUUAAUCGACAAUGGAAUAUAUGGAGGAAUAACACCCAUUUCUACACCUUCAUCUAAUCCAUAUGAGAAAAGAUAUACCCUCGAUGCUGGCAAUGGUAUUAGAAAAACACAUGUUUUGGAACAUAUGUAUGAAUCACCUAUCGAUCAACUUAGAUCUCCAAACAAGGAAUAUGACUAUUUAAAGAUGACAGUCAAGAAACCAAGUGAAAUAGACGAAUCACGGAUCAUAGCUCAUCCUUAUUAUUCGAUCUAUUACGAUCGUUAUUUAGCAUCCACGGGUUCGGUCACCUCUGCUCGAGCAGCAGCGAAGGCGGCCGCUCUUGCAGCUAUAACCCUAGAAAAACCGACGCAUAUGGAUCCCGGACCAGCUUUAGAGAAGAUGGAGCUUGACCAAGCCUACUUUCAACCCAACCCUCUGCAAGCUCAUUUGCCUAAUAAUGGUUAUGAGCCUCAUCAACCUAUAAUUAGCAACAGCUACAACACUAGCCACCCCAUCUUAGUUGAACCUCGAAACCCUUUGGUAAUUCGUGUCACGAAUGUUUCAUCACCCGGGUUUAAUCGGACCGGUGGCGGAAUGAAACCGAAUACCUCUUUUGCAGAAUACGGUAACCAACUGGACUCAAAACCGAAAUCCGUUUUCGAUAGGCUGGGCUCGAAUAACUCUCACCACCUGAUUAACAGGAGCUAUGACCACCAUCUUCCAAUUAGUAUUCCCAAUGCGAAUCUCGGUAAUCAGCUGAUCCAUAAUCAGCUGUUAAAUAAUCGAUUGCCGCCACCUAUGCCUAGAGGAGCCAUGAAUAAUAUCAAUCUCAGUAAUUUUAAUAACGACAUGAGAGCCAGGGCAGCUGGCAACCGGUUUGGUAUUCGGUUAAGGGCUGGUCCUCCACCACCUCUAUUGCUCAACGUCAUUCGCAACGCUAUUUUCAACCAAAGAAGACCAUCUCCACGUUCUUCGCAUUUUAAUAACAAACCACCGCCAUUGAUGUCAAUCAACCCACUUCACGCUCAUGUGAAUGCCCACGGAGACUUCGAGGCCGCCAAUCAGAACGGGGAAAGCGUGGCGAACGUUUUUGUCCUCUUUGGGAUUGAACCUUCGCAGUUCAAUUGUCGCGCCAUUUUCAAUCUGUUUUCUGCCUUUGGGGUCGUCUUGAAGGUCAAAUUUCUUCGCAACCACCCUGACCGGGCCGUGAUCGAGAUGAGGGACUCAACCACGGUUUCCCGUAUGCUGAACCAAAACGUCUUGAAUAGGCAUAUGCCCCCGCUCUGCUUCGAUACCACGACGCCAGCUCACGAUAAGGAUCAAAAGCUCAAAACUUUUUUCCUCAAAAUCGGACCCGCCAAAAAGCCCUUCGACAGCCCUGACCCCGUUAUAGUUGCGUCCUCUUACAAGGCCUCGUUGGAUAUCAGGGCGAAGCUAGAAAUCAAGGACGAAAAUAGCCUACUCGACGGGACACCGAUUUGCGUGGAAGAUUUCUCGGUUCUGGAUAUAAGACGAAUACCCAAACAGCUGGCCGAGUUCGUCCACCAACAAACACCCCCUACCAUCUUGCCCUCGUCGUCUAUCCUAUUAUCUUCCUCUUCCCCUCACCAGAAAUAUUGCAUGGGAGUAUCCGACAGUUUUCCCACCGGCAAAUUGCUAAUCUGUAAUUUGCCGCAGGGUAUAGGAAUAGAGAACGUGUUGGAGCUUUUUGGCGAUAUUCCAAAAGUUAGCACCGAAAACGUGGUAAAUUCUGUUAUCAACGCCAAACCAUCGAAAAUUUUAUUGACUGACGGAGAUCAAUUUUUUGAACACGUAAAAGAUGGCGUCUCCGAGACCGAACCCAUCCUUUGGGAUCAGACGAAAACGGCUCUCAAGAAUAUUUCCGAAUCUUACAAUGUUAUGGCCCUCCAAGAUGAAAAAAUUUUGAAAUCCGCUUGCCAAACAGCCUUAGCCGAAUUCGAUUCCAUAUCGGACGCCGUUAAAGCGAUUUGUCUCACCAAUUUCACCCUUUUGCCGGCUCCCAAAGAUAUCGGAGAUUUUACUAAUGGAGAAGGCGAAGAAGAAGCUAAGACCACGUAUUUCCUUGUCAAAAUGUUUUUUUGGUCUGACCAAUUAAAAUUAGGAACGGAUUCGAAUUUCAAUUCUCCCCGAGGAAUCAAGAGAAAAUUUUGAAACAUUUAUAUUUAUAUAUAUUAAUAUGUUGUAAUUUAUCAAAGUAUUUCUUCUUUUUUUAGUUACAUUUUUUUCAUCCUAAUAUUAGAAUUAUAAAUGUAAUAAUCGAUUAGAUCUUUUAAUGUGUAUUAUGUGUGUAUAUAUAUAUAUAGGGCUCGAAUUUUGUAU